AUGCUGCUGGAGCGGGUCCGCGCCGGUUCGGAGAAGGCAACGGAGCUCUGCCCCUUCCCGCGGAGCCCAGAGAUCCCGCUGUGCGCCGGCUGCAACCAGCACAUCGUGGACAGGUUCAUCCUCAAAGUCCUGGACCGGCACUGGCACAGCAAGUGCCUGAAAUGCUCCGACUGCCAGACGCAGCUGGCCGAGAAGUGCUUCAGCCGCGGGGACGGCGUCUACUGCAAGGAAGACUUCUUCAAGCGCUUCGGGACGAAGUGUGCCGCCUGCCAGCAGGGCAUCCCCCCGACCCAGGUGGUGCGCCGGGCCCAGGACUUCGUUUACCACCUGCACUGCUUCGCCUGCAUCGUCUGCAAGCGGCAGCUGGCCACCGGCGACGAGUUCUACCUCAUGGAGGACAGCAGGCUGGUCUGCAAGGCGGACUACGAGACGGCCAAGCAGAGAGAGGCUGAGUCUACGGCCAAGAGGCCCCGCACCACCAUCACGGCCAAGCAGCUGGAGACCCUCAAAAACGCUUAUAACAACUCGCCCAAACCGGCGCGGCACGUCCGGGAGCAGCUCUCGUCGGAGACGGGGUUGGACAUGCGGGUGGUGCAGGUCUGGUUCCAGAACCGCAGGGCCAAGGAGAAAAGGCUGAAGAAGGACGCGGGGAGGCAGCGGUGGGGGCAGUACUUCAGGAACAUGAAGCGAUCCCGGGGGACAUCCAAGUCCGACAAGGACAGCAUCCAGGAGGAGGGGCCCGAUAGCGACGCCGAGGUUUCCUUCACAGAUGAGCCCUCCAUGUCCGAAAUGAGCCAUUCCAAUGGGAUUUACAGCAACCUGAACGAAGCCUCCCCGGCGCUGGGGCGGCAGGCGGGCACCAACGGGAGCUUUGCCCUGGAGCACGGCGGGAUCCCGGCCCAGGACCAGUACCACGACCUGCGCUCCACCAGCCCCUACGGCAUCCCCCCGUCCCCGGCGUCCCUGCAGGCACUGCCAGGCCACCAGCCCUUAAUCUCCAGCUUGGUUUACCCAGACAACUUGGCCAUCAUGGGACAGAGCGGACCAGGGGUGCCCCAGCCCAUGAGGGUCCUGGCCGGGAAUGGACCGAGCUCCGACCUCUCCACCGGCAGCAGCGGGGGGUACCCGGAUUUCCCGGCCAGCCCGGCCUCCUGGCUGGAUGAGGUCGACCACGCUCAGUUUUGA